AGUCAUUUUCUCAGAGUGGAAAUUUGACGAAGCAUUUGAGGACACACACGAAAGAAAAACCAUAUUCUUGUGAAAUUUGUCAAGAGUCAUUUUCGGAGAGUGAAAAUUUAAAAAGGACACAUACAAAAGAUAAACCAUACGCUUGUGAAAUUUGUAAAAAGUCAUUUUCUCAGAGUGAAAGUUUGAUGAAGCAUUUGAGGACACAUACUAAAGAAAAACCAUAUUCAUGUGAAAUUUGUGGAAAGUCAUUUUCUCAGAGUGGACAUUUAAAAAUCCAUUUAAAGGGUCAUUCAAGAGAAAAACCGCAUUUUUGA